AUGGCGGCCAUCGCACCUCCCCCCGCAAUCCCUACACUGGCAGAUCUGCCUCUCGAACAACUCAGUCUCUAUCAUGUCGUCGACUCCUGUUUAUCGUCCAUUUUUGUCUUCUAUGGUGCGGUCUCUACUGCCAAUGCCACCGUGAGCAGUUCCCGCAUCCAGGCUCAUAUAUUCACACCUGCCGGGUUUCAAAGUUAUCCUCGAAUCACGGUGUCCCCAGCUGCGCCGGUGUAUGCUGCAGUCAAUCACCUUCCCCGCGAAAAACAAGGCGAUGAGGUGUGCCGCGGACUUGCAGUCAGCAUGCUGAGGUAUUUUGCGGAGCUAUCUGAACCGGUCAAAAAUCGUCUGAAUGGGGUGGCUCGAGCUGGGAAACCGGGAGGAAAGGCCCCCAAGAUGUUCGAUGAGAUGCAUGCGGCGGAUCUCGCCAAUCGUAUGACAAAGGUGGAUGAUUCAUUAGAGAUUAUCCAGGAUAUUCGGAGCGCAUAUCAGGAACGCAAGGUGCCAUGGAUUGAUGUUGACGUGGUGCUUCCUGCGGGUACUAUACAGCCAUUUCACCGCCGAGAAAGUGCGGGAUCAGACCUCGAGGGGAGUCAGAAUCCCCAAUACGGUCCAUACACACCCUUGAUAGAGGCAUUGGGGGAUCCUAUGUUUUUACCAACAUCUCGACUGAAGCGUGCGCCGUCUCAGCCGACCAAUGUCAGCAAAUCGCGCCUGUUUGCAAGAAGCCAGAAAGAAGCCCUUCGUCUUACCAUGUGUGAGCUUGUGGAUACCGAAGAGAGAUAUGUCGCCAAGCUGUAUUCUCUUGUCCAUGAGGUGGCCGAUGAAUUUCGACAAAAGGCUGUGAGCAGAGGGCCGUCCAGUACCAGCCCCGACGAGGCAGCGUUGGCGGCAUUGUUCCCACCAUGUUUGAAUGAAAUUCUCGAAGUCAACCUGGGCUUUCUCAAUGUCAUUCGACAAGUGCUUGAUGAAACAGAGAAAGAUGCCAUCACAGAUAUCGGUCAGGAUACGGAGCUCCCUUCUAAUCAUCGGGGUCUACCCAGAGAUAAAGCGGAUCCUCUUGGAGCACUUGCAUUUGCAAAGGCCCUCUUUGAAUGGUUGCCACAAUUUUCACAGCCCUACGGAGACUAUAUGCGAGCCCAUACAGGUUUUACACAAACUUUGAAUUUGUUCAUGAGAGAUAAGAACUCGAGCUUUUCGAAGAGAGUAUACGAGACGGGAGAGCAACGACUGCGCUCUUUAUUGAUGGAACCCGUUCAGCGGCUCCCUCGAUACAGUUUGCUGAUUGACACCAUGACUAGCAAUCUCCCUCUGGUCCAUCCUGCCGUGCGAACUCUGCUGAAAGCAAGAGACAUUGUGAAGGAUAUUUGUGCGCUCGAUAAUAAUUCUCCGUCAAGCCACGCCCAAAGCCUUCAACGCCUGAAAGAGCUGGUCAACGGAUGGCCAGCAAACACAUUCCCUGAAGGUCGGCUGAUCACUGCAGUCGACUUCAGUGAGAUCACCCCUCCCUACCAUCUAGGUACACAGUCACCUGGCAAUAGCACAGGGAUCAUGCUUCUUUAUAAGAAUUGCCUGGUCCUCCUAGCGAAGCCCGCCGAAAGCCGAGCCACGGCCCGUGGUGUACUGGCUGAUAUCGACAACGCGGCCUCUUCAACCACCGACAUGUCCACGUCUUUACCGCGAUCGGAACUCCAAGUUGUGCAGGUGCUGGACUUCCAUAAUGUUCGUUGUAUGCAAUCCACAUGUGGUCGGAUUUUGUUUGCGUUGCCAAUCUCAGCCAAGUCGUUCCCGCCAGACGAGACAAUGGAUGGAGCGGAACUUCUUGCAUUGGAAUUGGCUGGAACGUAUGAAGGAAGAGCCAAUCGACUGAUUGAAGAAAUAUCCAAAGCGAAGAUUGAGGGUCGAUUCUCCGAGAGUGAAAGAGAAGGAGGCAAAUGGACAUUACGAAGCCCUCCCACCGGAGCUGCGAGUAAUGUGGGAAUACUGGCGUGUGUGUGUGAGGACGGCGAAAGCGCCGCGCUUAACCAGAUCCAGUCAUCUCCCAUACGAGUUGUGUUUGAUACGCCCAGGGCGACUUGUGGUCAAAUGUUGCGAGAUUCUAAUCUUGAAAUCAUCGUGUCAAUAUCUCCUCCGAGUGGAGAUCAAUACAGACUAGACAUUGAUUCUGUGGUUGGAUCCGGGUCUACGGAUCUGAUCACGGUGGACACAUUCAUUCCCACUCUUUCACGCCGUCUCCAAUAUUUGCUCGCGCCUCUGCAUAGCCCCCGAAACCCAGCAUUGACGGAACCACUGGUUCAUUCCAAUUUUGAAAUCCUUCGGUACAUCGCCAGCAGCUUAAUCACGCAAGUCAAGUCUUCACGGGGGUUCCGGCCACCGUCGCCAACCAAGUUGAUCUCAAACCUGUUGGGAGGGAGCCGUGAUAACGUCCCCACGCUCAAAGCCCCGGGAUCGGCCACUCUUACCGGCGAAUUCCCAAAAAUGCCACCGCCUAGAGGCACUUUGUCGAGGUCAAACACUUUACCCUCUACAUUUCCUGGAAAUGAUAAAGAAAAGGACAAGGAAAAAGAGAAAGAGGAUUAUGGGAGUAAAAUAUCUGUUGUUGGGACAUCUGCCUCCAACGGGUUGGAUACUCAGUUCGGGUUGCUGGAACAGACAUUCGCAGCCUAUGUCCUUUCUCUGCAGUCUCGGAGUGGAAAUAUCCUGGGCCGAAUGCUUCGGGUCAGAGAUCAGGUUGACCGGGCGCCGGUCAACGAGCUUUACAACAUUUUGCUAGAAGACCCAAGCAAGAUCCAGGCUGCUGCUGAAGUCCCAGUUGAUACACUUUUUGUCGCAUUUGAAACCUUCCUGGCGAACGCUUGGAGAAGAAGCAUGGGUCCUGUCUUAAGCCCCUCUUCUCUGAAAUGGGUUCAGAGCCAGUUUGAUACCAUGUUACCGCGAGAUUUCGAUGAGCAAUUCCGGAAAUUUGUGACAGACAUGAGCCCACAGAAUAGACGAGCUCUAGCUGCGAUCAUUCGUUUACUUGCGGAGCUACUCGAUGCAUCUGGGAACGACGGGGAUCGCGGUGCUUUGACGAUGGCAUUUGCAGAGGUACUCACCGAAGACGGAGAUCCUAGCCAUCAUGUGUCUCUUUUGGAUCGACUAGUUGAAGACUUUGACAGUCUAUUCGAAGAAUAUCUCCCCGGGGGUACCUCGGUGGAAGGAACACUGACCUGCGAUCAAUCGAAAUCUCAUACUAAUGCCGGAUCAGUUGGUUCCAAUUCGUCCUCUUUCCGGAAACGCUUUGGCUUUGGUAUGCACAGGGAUGCCUCAAAAAAUGAAGGCGAGAGCAAAGUCGCAUCAAUUCUACGAACAUUGAGCAAAAAGCAAAGCCCUGCCGGCUCAGAGCCCAAUACACCCAAAGGCAGUCUGCUGCGCUCGAAGUCAACUGACGUGGACGCGCGUCUGGGAUUCCUUCGCCCUACAUCUCGCGAUCGCCCUGCGUCUCGUGAUCGUCCCUCAACUCGCGAUCGCCCUACAUCCCGCGAUCGUCCUUAUGGGUUCGCAUCUGAGGAGCAACUCUCGAGGCCGGGGACCGGCUACGAAAAUCCGCCUUCUCUAUCUUCUUUCCGAGGGUUCUCCGAAGAUACUGUGCCAAGGUUUCGCAGAAAACGAAGGAGCUCUCUUUCGGAUUUACGACCACCCACAUCAUCCUCCGAUGCAUCCAGUAUCUCUCCGACUCAACAGCUCCGCCCGACGACCCCUUCCAGUCGUACGCGAGGAGAAGUGGUAACGCCCACCAAACAGUCCAGACCUCAGAGUAGUUACAUACCAACAUCACAAUCACCUAUGCGCGGCCAAUCGCCAAUGCGUGGUCAAUCACCAAUGCGCUCUAAGCCGCCAGCAAAAUCAAGUUCGCCGACGAGACUAGGUUCACCUAUUCGCCGUCUGUCUCCGCCUCGUCCUUCUACGCCAAGUCGGAAGGAGAACAUUGAUCCCAGGACCCCACAGACGGAGCGUGAAGUCAAACCUAGAGGCAGUGUAUCAGAAUCGCCAGUAGAGGGGUCAAGGAGGCGAUCCCACGUGUCAAGCAUCCCUCAGCGAACUCCGGGCCUUCGAGAGCGGUCAACCACCAAUGGUUCCGAUACCAAGCGGCCACAAUCUUCGUCUUCGUUGCAGAAGCCGCAGAAACCGCGGAUGCAAAGUCCGCAAAAGUUACGUGAUCGUGUUCAAGUAGAAAAGAAGACCCAGAACUCUACUCAAUUGGGCCUGAAAGACGAGCUCUCAGAGCUUGGCAACGAAUUACGUUCUCUGAAGUUUACACCACCAAGGCAAUCUAAUGCAUUGAACCUUGAAUUUGAUUUUGACCGUACCGACACUAAUCCAUCGUCUGCUACCGUCGCAUCUCUCGAAGCCCGCAUGCGUAAGCUUGAAGCCCGAGUUGAGACGCUUGCUGAGGAAUACAAUGGCCGCACAACUGCUCUCGAAAGAGACUUGGAGUCGUCCUUGGUUCUGAGCGAGAAGCGCGUGAAGAAAUUGGACGAGCUUUAUCGCGAGGCAAGCGCCGAGAAUGAGGCUCUCUAUGACCGAUUUAAUACCGAACUCAGCAAGAUUGCAAAGGAUGUCCGAUCAGGCCGCGCAGAAGACGCCUUGAAGUCUCAACUGACGAAUGCUCUGGAUGAAAUCGGCCGAGUGAAGAAAGAAAACUUCCGCUUGAAACGAGAAGUCGGAGGUCUCCGAGCUCAAUCAGCCGCCGUUGCACUGCUGAAGGCGAGCGAGCAGUAA